AUGUCGAUCUCCCGCCUUGUCCGUAUUCCUCUCCGCAGUCCAUCGCGCUCUUACGCUACGACAGCAGGCUUAAAUGCGCUCGCACGUCCCAAGGCUGAGAAUCUUAGCGCGAAUUGGCAGGGUACUAGUGCGACUGGAGGUAACACCAAGAAUUUCAUUGCCGGCGCCUUUGUCGACAGUAAGACAACACAAUGGCAUGAUGUGCUCGACCCUUCAACCCAAACACUGCUCACACGCGUCCCCGAGACUACUACGGAAGAAUUUGACCAGGCAGUCGAUGCUGCUAGCCAGGCAUUUAAGUCUUGGAGCAAGCAGAGCGUUCUUGCUCGCCAACGUUUUGCCAUAGAACUUCAGUAUCAAAUCCGUCAAAAUGCAGACGCACUUGCACACAGCAUCGUCCUGGAGCAGGGAAAGACCCUUGCUGAUGCUCACGGUGAUGUUCUCCGUGGUCUUCAAGUAGUCGAAACUGCCAUCGGUAUCACCUCCAACAUCGUCGGCAAGAAACUGGAAGUCAGCAAAGACAUGGACACAGAAGUUCGAAAGCUCCCUCUCGGCGUCUGCGCAAGAAUGAUUCCCCUCUGGACCAUUCCCCUUGCUACCGUUACUGGUAACACCCUCAUCCUUAAACCAUCUGAGCGGGACCCCGGUGCGGCCAUGAUCAUUGCUGAGCUGUGUGCUCGUGCUGGCCUCCCCGAAGGUGUAGUGAACGUAGUGCAUGGGACUGUGCCUGUUGUCAACAGAAUUUGUGAUCACGAGGCCAUCAAAGCGGUGAGCUUUGUGGGGGGAGAUCGCGCAGGAAGACAUAUAUACGAGAGGGCCACGAAGAACAGCAAACGUGUGCAGGCAAAUUUGGGCGCAAAGAAUCAUGCGGUAAUCAUGCCCGAUGCAAAUAAGAAUCUUGCGCUCAACUCCAUUAUUGGUGCUGCAUUCGGCGCUGCGGGACAGAGGUGUAUGGCAGUUUCAGUAGCCGUACUCGUCGGGGCAGCGCAAUCAUGGCUCCCAGAACUUGUAGAGCGCGCAUCAAAGCUGAACGUGAACGGAGGAUUUGAGGAGGGUGCAGAUCUUGGCCCCCUCAUCUCUCCCGCCUCCAAAGCUCGUGUCACGGGCCUCAUCGCGUCCUGUGCAGACGAAGGAGGGCGAAUACAUCUUGACGGGAGGAACGUUCAAGUUCCUGGGUACUCCGCUGGUAACUUUGUAGGUCCAACAGUUUUAGAGGGAACAGUAGGGAUGCGGUGCUACCGCGAGGAGAUAUUCGGCCCGGUGCUUACUGUGAUCACCUCAGACACACUGGACGACGCUCUCGACAUUAUCAAUACAAAUAAGUACGGCAACGGUGCUGUGAUUUUCACGCAGUCGGGCGCGACAGCUAGGAAAUUUGAAUCGGGGGUUAAUGUGGGGCAGGUUGGUAUCAACGUUCCUAUUCCGGUUCCUUUGCCUAUGUUUGCAUGGAGCGGUAACAAGGGCAGUGUGCUUGGCGAUAUCGGAUUCUAUGGGAAGAGUGGUAUUAAUUUCUACACGCAAAACAAGACCACGACAAGCCUCUGGCGCCAAGAAGAUGCCAUUGGCAACAAGGCAUCAGUAGACAUGCCCACGCACCACUGA